GUCAGAAAAGAUAAUGCCGCUCAUCGGCUCACUUUUUUAAUUAUUGUUCUCUGAGCAUUGACUCUGCGUCUCCUCAUUGUCAGUGUGAGAUUCUUGUUCCGAGUUAAGACAGUCUGAUUUGUGUAUGCCGUCGGUGUCGAGUUUCAAGAAACUGUUACGUUCUACAGAUUUUAAGCGAAAAUAAUUAUCUGGUUUGCACUGCUUCUUUCACUAAACACACUGAGCAGAUCCCGACUGACCAGUGCUGGGAAAUCUCAAUUCUUUAUUUUUCGGACCGUGGAGUAUCUGACUUCCGAAGCACAACUAGAACACUGAUUCGAGACCUCUGCACCUCUGCUGGGCUUUGUGAAAGCCUUUGCUGCAUGCCGAGCACGAUCCUCUCAAGAUUUUCCGAAGGCUGAUUAAACCGUUCUGUGAUUGGCAAUGCAGAUCUCUGGCUGCAUAAUAUCCACCAUAAUCCUUCUUAUCCAAAGCAUACUAGAAGUCCAGUGCGGACGCGAUUUUUAUAAAAUUUUGGGAGUUCCGAAAAAUGCGAAUACCAACCAGAUCAAGAAAGCUUACCGAAAGCUAGCCAAGGAUCUUCAUCCCGAUAAGAAUAAAGAUGAUCCGAAUGCAAAUGCAAGAUUCCAAGAUCUGGGAUCCGCGUAUGAAGUUUUAUCAGAUGCCGAGAAACGCGAGAAAUACGACCGAUUUGGAGAAGAAGGUUUGAAGCAAGACAGCAUGCACGGCGAUCCUUUCGCGAGUUUCUUCGGUGGUUUCGAUUUUUUCGGAGGCGGCGGUCGUCAGCAGCCUGACAUACCGCGCGGGGCGGACGUGCUGUUGGAACUGGAAGUGACGCUGGAGGAAUUGUAUUCUGGGAAUUUUGUAGAAGUGGUUCGCAAUAAACCCGUGGCGAAACCGGCUGCUGGAACAAGAAAGUGUAAUUGUCGACAGGAAAUGGUGACACAUCAAAUGGGUCCCGGUCGCUUCCAGAUGACACAAAAUACUGUCUGUGAUCAGUGCCCCAACGUCCAAUUCGUGACUGAGGAACGCCUGUUGGAAAUUGAAGUGGAAGCGGGAAUGAACGAUGGACAAGAGCACACUUUUGUAGCCGAAGGCGAGCCACAUGUUGACGGUGAACCUGGUGAUCUCAAAAUUCGUAUUGUUACGAAACCCCAUCCAGUAUUCGAGCGACGUGGAGAUGAUUUAUAUUGCAACGUUACGAUUUCUCUACUGGAUGCUUUGAAUGGAUUUGAAAUGCAACUAAAACACCUUGACGGCCAUUUUGUUACCGUAUCACGAGAAACCGUAACCUGGCCCGGUGCACGAAUAAGGAAGAAAGGCGAAGGAAUGCCAAAUUAUGAAAACAACAAUCAGUUUGGUAUCCUUUAUAUUACGUUUGAUGUGGAUUUCCCUAAGGAACAGUUUUCUGCAGAGGAUAAAGAAGUGCUGAAAAGGAUUUUGAAGCAGGAGUCAAUAAAGCCAAAAGUGUAUAAUGGUUUGCGUGGAUUUUAAAGCAUGUAUAUCACUUAAUGUGGAAGUACGGUUUUUCGUUUAACCCCAAACGCAGUUAUUUUGUUGUUCUUUUGUUGUUUUUGAAUGCGCAUGUAUGGUUCUACUUUGUUUGAGUUUCGGAACCUUGUGAUAAAAUGGUUUUUCGAUUUACUUGACUGGCGUAUCCAGCUCUUUUUGGACCUUAUUGAAUUAAAAAAAUUGUUAGAUCAUUUGAA